AUGAAUGUCAAUAAAGAUUUGAGUUACGCGUUUACCCUGAGCCGUCAAUGUUUGCGGCUGUUAGGCGUAUGGCCUGAUCCGCAAGUCUCUUUGAAUAUUUUUAGACCAAAUAUAAGAUUCAUAAUCGUUACCUGUAUUUUGAGUCUCUACGUGAUCGUGCCGCAAUUGACGAAUAUGUUUCGUGCUUGGGGUAACGUGGGCCGGAUGGUGGAGUACGUAGCUUCCGCCAACUUUAGCUUGAUGGCAUUGUGCAAGUUAGUUGCUACAUGGUAUCAUGGUGAAACACUUCGCACACUGAUGACAUCGGUCGCGACUGAUUGGAGAUCUUCGGGGAAUACUUGGGAACGAAAUACAAUGUUGAACAUUGCGAGACGUGGCAGAAGUUUAUCUUUUAAAUGUUGCGUGGCUGCUACAUGUACAGUAACGUUUUACGUAUCUUUUAAUCUCAUCAAGUUCUAUCGAAAUAUGUAUCUGCCGCAACGUAAUCUCGUAUAUCGUUUCUCAUAUCCAUACAACAUUCAGAAGAGCCCAAACUAUGAAAUCACUUUUUUCAUUCAACUCUCUGGCGGCGUAUAUUCGGCCAUUAUCAAUUGUACCGUCGAUUGCUUCAUCUCGAUACUCUUACUGCACGUAUGUGCACAGCUGAUAAACUUACGAAUGACACUUAACAAUCUCGUUGACGAAUUAGCCAAUAGAUCUAUAUCGUCCUUGAAAUUUAAGGAAGGUCUAACUGCAAUUGCUAUACGACACCAACAUCUCAUUAGAUUUGCCAAGACAAUCGACGACUGUUAUAGCGCAGUGCUAUUUGUACAUAUGCUAGCUGCUACUUUUCAAUUGUGUUUUGAAACUUUUCAAGUUUUCACAAUAAUAACAGACAAAUUAGACAUAUCCAUUAUCAAAGUGGCUUUCCUUACAUUUUAUAUCACUCUUGUGCUGACACACUUGUAUAUUUAUUGCUAUUCGGCUGAAAGACUUUUAACGGAGAGCACUAGUAUGGCAUAUGGCGUGUACGAAUGUAACUGGUACAAUCUACCAGCAAAAGACGCGAAAAAUUUAAUGUUUAUUGCAUAUGGAUCUAGAAUCCCGCUUAGAUUGACAGCUGGAAAAUUUGGAACUUUUUCGAUAGAAAUGUUCGGAACAACAGUAAAAACAUCGAUGGGAUACUUAUCUGCGUUGCUGACAAUGAAGGACUAA